AUGGACGUGGACGCGCGGAUGGCCACGGAGUCGGACUCCGACUCCGACGCCGCCAGCGCCGCCUCCGUCACGGUGCAGGUCGGCGGCUCCGGCAGCGGGGCCGAGACCCCCUCCGUGUCCCCGCCCCCCGAGCCGGCUGGAGCUCCGGCGGCAGCGACGGCGGGGCCCAGGCCGGCCCCGGGGUACACGGUGGUGGACGCGGCCAUGGACAAGAAGGAGGACGGGCCCGGCUGCCGCUGCGGCCACACGCUCACCGCCGUGCCCGCCGUCGGGGAGGAGGGCUCCCCGGGCUACAUCGGCCAGCGUCUGAUCCUCUUCGGCGGCGCCACCGCGCUCGAGGGGAACUCCGCCACGCCGCCCUCGUCCGCCGGGAGCGCCGGGAUCCGUCUUGCUGGGGCUACUGCAGAUGUUCACUGUUAUGAUGUGUUAUCAAAUAAGUGGACCAGGCUUACUCCACUUGGAGAACCUCCUUCACCAAGAGCUGCCCAUGUAGCGACUGCUGUUGGAACCAUGGUGGUCAUUCAGGGUGGUAUAGGCCCUGCUGGUUUAUCUGCAGAGGACCUCCAUGUUCUGGAUCUUACACAACAACGUCCACGAUGGCACAGAGUGGUGGUUCAAGGGCCUGGUCCUGGUCCACGAUACGGACAUGUCAUGGCCUUGGUUGGGCAGCGGUUCUUGUUGACAAUUGGUGGAAAUGAUGGAAAGCGUCCUCUGGCAGAUGUUUGGGCCCUUGAUACUGCUGCAAAGCCAUACGAAUGGAGGAAGCUUGAACCAGAAGGCGAAGGGCCACCGCCGUGCAUGUAA